GAGCAGCUGUUAGCUCGCCAGUCUCCCUUCGAGGACCUUAGCAAUUGAUAAAUUAGUAUUAGUAUUUAUGCCCCUCGGACGAUAUUCCGCAUUCUAAGUCGGUCGUGUCAUUUCUCGUCGUCUUCGAAGUGCGUUGGGACGUUGAAACGGCCGUAGAAUCGCCCAGGGGCGGAGGAUGUGAUCACACGAUUUGAAUGAAGAAAAAUUGUUUCCUUUAUUUGAUGGAUCGAUGGAAAAGUUACUUAUAGGAUCAUUCCUAGCGAGUCGGCCAGUUUCUCGGCAUAUUGAAGCAGGAGGCGUACAGAUGUAGUGUUAUCGUCGUAGUGGCGUUUUUAAACCGCGGAUUAACCUCGGAUCGGUUCAAUUUUGCCAUAUUUCGAGAUCCACUUGUCAAGCGCACUACGGGUAUAGUCAAAAGUCGGCGGCCGCCGAGGAAGGGAAGUCCGUCUCCCGGGGGCGAUCCAACGUUUCCAUCGAAAACAUCCCCCCCAAAAAAGCUUUAUUUUAUAACAAAUAUAAUAAGCACAGUUGAAUAUGAAUAUGAAAUCCUCCGCUACAACUGAGCGGUCAAAAUACAACCGGAGAACGAAAAAGUUUUAGUGUUUGGAUUUCGGACACUAUGGCAAGUCUCGUAGAGAUAGACAACCUUAGCAACACCGAGCAUAUCACAAAAUUGUUUCCGAAGUGCCGACCCAGGGAUAUAAAUCUUAAUUCCGUGCCCGACAAUGAGCCGUACGUAAUGGACACGAAACAGAGGACGAACAGGGAAUGUGAGGAAGGUGAAAGUGGGCGUGAGGAGAGCUCCACUGAAGAAAGUAAUGGUGAAGAACAAGGAAGUCAGGAUAACAAAGUUGUUCUUCAAUUGUCCUCUACUAAGCCUUCUACGUAUAAACUAAGAGAUUCUAGCAGAAUCAUAGAAAUAGCUGGAGGACGUGAAGUAUUUAGUCAAAGCAGAUGCAAAGCCAUUAGAAAAUCCAGAUCAGAUGAUAAAAUGUCUUCUAGAAAACAUAAGAAUGAUUCUAAUGCUGUAUGGGAAAUUAGGAGCAGAAACACUGACCCAAAGCGAAAUCAGUCAUCAAGAGAGGUAACUGAAACAGUUUUUUCUACUGAAGUACAUUCACUCAGGCAUCAACGAAUGUCACAACAAAAAACUAAAGAUGGUGGUUCAGUUGUAUUUGAUGAUAUAGAAGAAACUUGGCCAUGUGAACCUGCAUCAGAUAGUUCUCCUAGUCCAUCCAGGAAUUGUCAUCCUGGCCCUCCAGCUCAUUAUUUUAAAGUCGCAACAUCAGUGUCUGAUGGAGAAUCAUUGUCACCAGAAUAUGAUAUUAAUGGUAAGACACAGCGUGUGAUAGGAGGUCUUCCAAUAGCUGACUAUGAAGGUUCACCUAGGCGAUAUGGUCCCAAACAACCACCAAGUGCAGUUACCUUGCUUUCUUCUCCUUCUUUCUACGCUCCCAGGCCUGGUUUCCCCCAAAGAGUUUUCAAUGACAGCGAACCCCGAUCUAGAUCUUGUUCACGCUCGCCAUCUCGAUCUUCUUCACCUCAAAACACCCACGCAGUAAAUCACCCCCAGUAUGACUACAUGUACGAAUUUUCAGAGACUAGAAAAGUCCUUGAAGAAUUUUUCAAGUCUGGAGAGAAAGCACCUCACUUCCAGGAUUUAGAAUAUGAACUGAGGCGAAGAGGAAGCUCAGGAAAUGCUUACGUAGGUUUGAGGUUAGCAAAGGCGACUGAGGAUGAACAGUCAUUUUCUUCACCACCGAAGCCCGAAGGAAAAGACUUGUUAACUUUACAGGAGCCUGGAAGUAUUUCUGGCUCUACAGAAGAUCUCGAAACAGAAGUGGGUCAUACAGUCGGGCAUUCGCGUAAUUUUACGUUAUCACCCGAAACAACAGACUGUGAUUCCAACUGCGACAGUGAGGGUUCAUCUCUCCUUUUAGCUGAGGUGACCACAGCCACUCUUCCUCCUCCUCGAAGCAUGCCCGUAUUAGAGGAUGGGUUAUCAUCAGGCCAUGCUUCAGACACCGAGAACAACAAUCCUACAGUUUUACUAAUGAAGAGGCAAAUAAGUGAAAUAGAACGUGAAAUAAUUGAAAGGAACGUCAAGCAACAACCAAAUUCUACAAGCUCCAUCACCGAGACACCAGAGGAUAAACCUUCUUCUCCUCGUCCUAUGACACCAGAUAUCGAUUUACAUGCUUUGGACCCUUUAAAUGGAAGUACACCACCUCCCCCAGCACCUCAAAGUCCAACAGCAGCUGUUGUUAGCCUCGGUGAUCCUACAGUUGAGGCUGCACUUAAGGAUAUUCGCCUUACCCUUCAAAGAACCAAAGCUCUUCCAAUAAGAUCGCCACCUCACGAACCGACUCAACAGCCUGUUGAAACAAGUCCAAUUUGGAUACCUAGGCGGAGAGGGACCGGUUCUGGGGUAAUGCAUAGUGGUGAUGAAGAUGAAGCUGACACUGAUUUGGAGACCGAUAGACUGCUAGGUCAACAACGCACUGAAGAUCCUAAUUUUUUUGAUGACAAAAUGGGUUGGAGAAAAGGUAAAAAACGGAAUAGCAAAAGUUCUCCUUCUCCGACACAGUCUCAUGACUCACCUCCUGAAGCAUCACCGAAAUCGCCUGACAAUUCUCCUCCCGAAGACUCCUCGACAAAUCUAAAGUUGAAUAAAAAAGAAAAGGAUAAUACCAAAAAGAAAGGAAGAAAUAAAGAAGUUAUGAUACACGAACCUGCAGUUUUAAUUGAAGGAGUUCUUUUCCGGGCACGAUACCUUGGCUCAACACAGUUGGUGUGCGAAGGGCAGCCGACGAAAAGUACCAGGAUGAUGCAAGCUGAGGAAGCCGUGUCUCGAAUCAAGGCCUUGGCACCAGAAGGAGAAACACAACCCAGUACAGAAGUUGAUCUUUUUAUUUCAACUGAAAAAAUUAUGGUCCUCAACACUGAUUUAAAAGAGAUAAUGAUGGAUCAUGCUCUACGCACCAUUUCUUACAUAGCAGAUAUAGGGGAUUUAGUUGUUCUUAUGGCACGAAGAAGAUUUAUACCACAUGAAGUAGAUGAACCCCCAAAGAUCAAUAGAACUCCAAAAAUGAUUUGCCAUGUUUUUGAAAGUGAAGAGGCACAAUUCAUAGCACAGUCAAUCGGCCAAGCGUUCCAAGUCGCUUAUAUGGAAUUUUUAAAAGCAAAUGGAAUAGAAGAUCAUAGUUUUGUAAAAGAAAUGGACUAUCAAGAAGUUCUCAAUUCUCAAGAAAUUUUCGGUGAUGAGUUACAAAUGUUUGCAAAAAAAGAAAUGCAAAAAGAGGUCGUAGUCCCAAAAGCAAAAGGUGAAAUUCUAGGAGUGGUCAUUGUCGAAUCUGGAUGGGGGUCGAUGCUUCCGACUGUAGUUAUUGCAAACCUCGCUCCAGCUGGAGCAGCAGCUAGAUGUGGUCAACUGAAUAUCGGUGAUCAAAUAAUUGCAAUAAAUGGCGUGAGUUUAGUAGGUUUACCAUUAUCUACUUGUCAAAAUUAUAUCAAGAAUUCCAAAACGCAGACUGUUGUCAAGUUGACAGUUGUUCCCUGUGCACCAGUAGUUGAAGUAAAAAUUAAGAGACCAGACACAAAAUAUCAACUUGGAUUCAGUGUGCAAAAUGGAGUUAUUUGCAGUCUACUGCGUGGGGGAAUCGCAGAGAGAGGUGGCGUCCGUGUAGGACAUCGUAUAAUCGAAAUAAACAAUCAGAGCGUUGUAGCUGUUCCUCAUGAAAAGAUUGUGAACUUGUUAGCCACUUCAGUUGGUGAAAUUCUUAUGAAAACGAUGCCAACAUCUAUGUUUAGGCUAUUGACAGGGCAAGAAACACCAGUAUAUAUUUAGAACCAACCUAGUUAAACAUAGAAUUUAUAUCUUUUAAUUAAUAUUAAAUAACAGAAAAGUGUCUAAGGCGUAAGUUAAGAAUGACUAGGUUAUAGGAGGUGAAUAAUAAUUGACUGAAUUAAUGUUUUUUUAACAUGUCUUGUUUUUAAAUCCAAUACUGAAUGAGACCAUCUAAGGAGUGAACUUUGUGGAAUUGUAAGAUGUAUUUUGAUAUGUAACACAUUAGCAGCAAAUUGGUUUAAAAGGAUUUUAUUUAUUGUAUCAGUUCCUCUUGUUGUAAAUAUGUAUAUGUAGAUUUAUAAAUAGUUUUUAGUUUUAUUCCAUAUUAAACAGUGCUGCACAUAUACUUUGCGUUUUGUCUGUAUAUAAUGCAUAAGACGUAUUAUAUUACAUUUUGGCCCUUUGACAGUUUAGUUUUAGUAUUUAAAAAACCAAAAAAGACUAAUAUUUUUUAUUUAUUCGUUUAGUAGGUAAAGUUUUAUAUGUUAUUGAAUGUUGUUUAGUAAUUUACCAAGCUUCAUGAAUUUGUGAUAGGCUCCGUCAUCUUUAGUGUUUACAUAUUCAUUUUUUUGCCAUAUUUUUUAAACAUAUUUGCAAGUUUUUGUUUUUGUUUUAUUUUUUAAGUCAAAUGUGUGAUAGUUUUGUUAUUUUUAUAUAUUUUUAUGGUGCUCAGGUGUGUACAGAAUUGAAAGUUCGGUUUAAGUGUAUUUGUUUUGGUUCGAACAAGUUUUCACCAUUCUAAUUUUCUCAUGUAAUGUUCAUUUUUUUAUGUUUCGUUAAUAUGUAAGUAUAGACUGACAUAAGUGAGGGUCAAGAGGAAAUAUAAUCGACUAUCUUGUAAAUAUCGCAAAUUAAAGUAAUACAGUUGUGUAUAUGUAAUAAGUUUGUGUAAACAUCACUCUUGCUUAGAAAUUAUUUUAUAUAUAUAUAUUGAAGUAUUUAAUUACUUUUUCACCUGAAGUUCAAAAUUUAUAAUGCUUAUACUGUCUGCUAUUUUGUUAUUCAUAAAAUCUCUUUCUUAAAUCCUUUUAAUUGAAACAAAAAAGCUACAAAACAUAAUAGGUUUAUUUUUUAAAUAAUUUCCUUUGGUUAUGUUCGAAUGAUUUCCUCUUUUCACCUUCUGCUUAUGUUAUUUGAUUACGAGAAAAUACUCAUUAUUUUGUAUUGGUUUUGAAAAGUGAAACAAGUGAAAUGGCUUAAGUGUUUGGAAAUUAUUUACUUUAUAAUUAAACUGCCAAUUUUAUUACUAUUACUAAUUAAGUUCUGAGGUACUCAUGCUUUACAUGGCAAUUAAACUUAAGCUAAAUUAUUUACUGCAGAGUUUUUAACCGCUUGAAUUGCAAUUAAUUCGCUGUGGUGGAUUCAAGCCAAAGUGCCACGGUGUCGAUUGUUUUUUCGCAUUUUUGUCGCUUGAUCAUUGCAAACUUUGUGUGUUUUGUCUGAAACUAAAAAUUGUGAAUUAUAUAAGAAAAAAAAUGACAUGUGUAUAAGAUGACUUUGCCAUUAGAAAAUAAUUUUGAAAUUUUAAUGAUAUUGGCUUAUGAAUUUUUUUUUUUCAUGAACUGAUUAUUUAUUACAGAAAAGAAUAUCGUUUCAUGUAUGAAGGUUAAUAAAUUAAUUUUUUAACAGUUCAUG